GAAACAAGAUAUGACAGGCAUUGCAGAAAGUCAACUUUUUAAUGUUGCGACGUGCUGUUCGCAGAAGAUGUUGGUUUUUGCUUUUGCCUUUGCGGUCUGGACGACGUACAUAGUGGCCUAUCCUGCAGAUGGGCGAGGAGAGGAGAGCGACGACGUCGGGAUAAUGGCCUAUGGAGAUCUACAGUCUGGCUUUGAAAGUGCUGCUCUCGGUCAGUUCAACGACGAUGACACUUCAAAAUUAUUAUCUGGUCUUCGAAAUCUAGAAAACAGGUUGGCCAGUGGUGACAGCAUUGAGCAAAUUUCUUCUAUGACGUCAAAAAGACCGGAAGGCAUUGACGAACCAAGGAAGCGCCAAGAUAAAGGAUUCCCAAUGUGCAUCUGGAAGAUAUGCCCUCAAGCGCCGUGGACAAGGCAUGGACGGAGGCGAUAAAGGAACCAUUUCUGUCCACAAAGAGGACAAAAAAUGACCGAAAUUUCUGCUGUUUAGUUCUUCAUCCUUCGCCAAGAACAAAAUAGGUUUUUUGACUGUCUGUCCCUCGUUAACCAUACCUUACCGGACUGUAUCGACCGUUACUUUUUUUUAAAGAUUUGUAACUCACGAAUAAAAUUUCUCUGGUAAUGGCACCGCCUAUUAGGGUACCGUGUGAAAAAAUCGGAGCUGGAUGCUUCCUUCGCUGGUAUCAUCUUUGUUACCACUGGUGUUUUCAGUAUUCAGUAUGUUUGUGCUCGUAUUUCAAAUGUCCAAACACUGCCCAUUGUAUAAUCUUAAUGACAGAAAGAUUUUCGCAUUCUGAAAAAUACAAGCAGCCUUGCAGGGACUACAGU